AUGGCUUCAGGCCUUUGCAGGCAUCCCUUAGCCUUCCUCUGUGGAUCAGUCAUCAGGUUUCUUUUAUGUUGUCAGCUACUUAGAGUUGUGUUGGAAGAACAGGGUGGCACUCCCCUAUCCAGGCUUAAGCAUCUUCAGGAUAAUGAGGACAUGGUUGGAAAACUCUACCAGAAGGUGAAGAUUCCUUGUUGGAUAAGGACAGGACCUCAAAAUCUAGAGACGAGAGCCCAAUACCUCAGAGCCACAUGGACCCAGCACUGUAACAAAGUGCUGUUUAUGAGCUCAGAAAAAAAAAAAAGAAAGAAAGAAAGCCUCCCUGCUGUGGGAUUAAACACGGAAGAGAGCAGGAGUCUGUCCUGGAAAACAGUAAGAGCCUUUUUGUGUGUUCAUGACCACCACCUAGAAGAUGCAGACUGGUUCAUGAAAGCGGAUGAUGACACGUAUGUCAUAGUGGAGAAUCUGAGAUGGCUCCUGACAAACUAUGACCCCGGAAAACCCAUUUAUUUUGGGAGAAGAUUUCUGCCCUUUGUAAAGCAGGGCUGUAUGGGUGGAGGGGCAGGCUAGGAUCUGAGCAAAGGAGCCUUGAAGAGAGCAGUCCACCUGAUCAAUGCUAAGGCGGGUUUUCCUUUUUCCUUCUCAGAAGACGUGACCCUGGGGCAAUGCUUGCAAAUUGCUCCCUGGGACUGGGGUGUCCCUCCCUGUACUCAGCAUUUUCAUCUAAUCAAAGUUUGUCACCAUUUAUCAAGGGCAGAAUUUCUUCCAGAAUUACAAGACUGCCUGUUCUCAAAUCCACCAAUAAAGUCACAUUAG